AUGGGCGGUCUUCGCGCGGUCGAGGAUCGGCCCACGCCGAAGGAGGUCUACAACUGGCGUCUCUAUAUCGAAUCCGCCAUCAUUGCCAUGGGAUCAUUGCUUUUCGGCUAUGACUCGGCGUUUAUCGGGACCACGAUCACGCGCGCAAGUUUUGUGAGAGACUUCGGCAUCACGUCGGCUACGUCCAAGGAGAUAUCCUCCAACAUCACUUCCGCCUUCCAGGCCGGUGCUCUAGGCGGCGCAUUGAUGUGCUUCUUUAUCACCGAGUAUGUAGGUCGCAAAUGGGCGUUGAUCAUUAGCAACCUCGUGUUUCUCGCUGGAGCUAUUCCAAUGGUCGCCGCGACCAAUGACCUGGCUUCAAUGUAUGCCGGCAGAGCACUUACGGGUUGGGGCUGUGGCGUGAUUACUGCAACUGUCCCCUCCUACAUCGCUGAACUUUCCAUCCCCUCGAUUCGAGGGAUCUUAACCGGACUCUUUGAAGUCACCUACCAGACGGGCUCUCUUAUCGGGUUCUGGAUCAACUACGGCAUCAACCAGAACAUGAACCCCAACAGCUCCGCUUCAUGGCGAGUGCCCAUGGCUGUCCAGCUUAUUCCCGCGGGCGCCUUGCUCAUCGGCGGCUUCUUUCUGCACGAAUCACCGCUCUGGCUCUACAGAAAGGGAAGGGAAGAGGACGGAGCCAAGGUGCUCGUAGCGCUGAGACAUCUGCCAGCAGACCAUCAGUACAUGCAAGAGGAGGUGGGAAUGAUCAGGGCUAGGCUUGCCGAGGAGGCCUCGGUUGCGAAGGCAUAUGGAAACGGCUUCUACGCUUACAUCCGUGGCGCUCUGUCCGAGUUGUCACGCAAGGGCAUGUGGAACCGCUUGUUACUCGUGUUCUGCUCGUUCGCAUUGCAGAACAUGUCGGGCGCCGCAGCCAUCAACUACUACUCUCCCAUGCUAUUCGGUUCCAUCGGCAUUUCAGAUGUGGCUCUUUACACCGGAAUCUACGGCUUGGUGAAGGCAGUCGCGUCCAUCAUUUUCUACGGUGCUCUCAUCGACGUCUGGGGUCGGCGAAGACCAACAAUUAUUUCAUCGUUGGCAUGUUCGAUUUGUCUGUGGUUUGUGGGUGCCUACGUCAAAGUCGGCAAUCCUGCACCGAUUAUUGCUGCAGGAGGACAACUCUCUUCGUCGACUGAGGCGGGAGGUCGAGCGGCUACGGCGGCCAUUAUGAUCUACUCCGUUUUCUGGUCCUUUGGCCUCAACGGAAUCCCAUGGAUUAUAUCUGCAGAGAUCUUCCCGGGAGCUCUUCGCAACAUGACAGGAACCUUCGCCGCUUUCACCCAAUGGCUAAUCCAGUUCAUCAUCACAAAAGCCCUCCCAUACAUCUUCAGCAGCCUCGACUUCGGCGUAUGGUUCUUCUUUGCUUGUUGGAUGCUUCUGGCCACGAUUUGGGCCUUCUUCUUUCUUCCGGAAACCAAGGGCGUCACACUCGACCAAAUGGAUAUUCUAUUUGGCUAUGAAGGCGAUCGCGGAGUGCAUCGGGAAGUAGCUAAGACGGAUGACGUGAAAAGCUUGGAGCAUGAUGUCCAUGAGGUUGAUCAAACCGACCGAGCUGAGAGCCACGCCGAAGCCCAAAGCGAGGUCGACGCACCACCACCGGACGGAGGCCUAGAAGCCUGGACCCAGGCUCUGAUGGCUCAUCUCGUCGUCGUCAACACAUGGGGCACCAUCAACUCCUUCGGCAUAUUCCAAACCUUCUACCGAGAAUACCUCUCCCGACCUGCCUCCGAUAUCAGCUGGAUCGGCUCGAUGCAGGUCUUCUUUCUCUUCGUCGUCGGCGUUUUAACGGGACGUCUCACCGAUGCGGGAUACUUCCGAAGCGUCUUCGCGACAGGCUCUGCACUCGUGGUGUUGGGUAGCCUCACGGCCUCGUUUGCGACUGAAUACUGGCAGUUGUUCCUGUCGCAAGGUCUCUGCAUCGGACUUGGCAUGGGUGGACUCUUCUGCCCUGUCAUGGCCGUUCUAUCGACAUACUUCAAGCGUCGACGGAACCUGGCCAUCGGCAUCGCCAUCAGCGGCUCGGCUACAGGAGGCAUGAUAUACCCUGUUAUGGCUCGCCAACUGUUACCAAAGGUUGGCUUUGGGUGGACUAUGCGUGCUAUGGCAUUAGUUCAGCUCGUUACUCUGUUGGUGGCCAACAUCUUCAUGAGAUCCAGGCUGAGACCGAGGCGUGCGGGCUCACUUGUUGAACUUUCCGCGUUCAAGGAGAAGCCCUACCUCCUGUUUACGAUCGGGAUGUUCUUUAAUUUCUGGGGUGUAUACUUCGCCUUCUACUACAUCGGUCCCUUCAGUCGCGACAAACUAUCAUUCUCUUACGAUACUUCCGUCGAUAUUCUGAUGAUCAUGAACGGAGUCGGGGCCCUCGGCCGUGUGAUCCCUGGCUUCCUCGCGGAUCUGUACCUCGGCCCUCUCAAUGUGGUCACUCCUGCGGCAGCUGUCUGCACGAUCCUACUGUUUUGCUGGAUGGCGAUAAAGAGUGCCUCAGCACUGUACGUUUGGGCUGUGUUAUAUGGCAUCUUUGGGGCUACCGUCCAAGGCCUCUUCCCCGCCGCACUAUCAUCAUUGACGACCGAUCUCCGAAAAGCAGGUACAAGAAUGGGAAUGGUGUACUCGAUCAUUAGUUUUGCCAACUUGACGGGCCCUCCGCUGGCAGGCUCACUGAUCAAAGCCGGUGGAGGCGCAAAUGAUGUCGCAAACUCCUUUGCGACCUCCGUCUCCUCGCGGUCCCUGACGAUGAAGCAGGCGGUGGUCAUCGCCUCCUUCGCCGAGUUCGGUGGCUCCGUCUCCAUCGGUUCUCGGGUCGCGGACACCAUCCGCAACAGAAUCAUCGACCCGCACCUAUACGACGACCGGCCGAGCGUGCUGCUCCUGGUCAUGAUGUGCGCCAUCUUCGGUUCCUCCGUCUUCCUGAGUAUUGCCACGCGCAACGGGCUGCCCGUCUCGACGACGCACUCCAUCAUCGGUGGCAUCGUCGGCGCCGCGACGGCCUCGAUCGGCAUACAAAAGGUGACCUGGGGUUGGAACGGUGUCUCGCAGGUUUUUGCAGCUUGGGUUGUGGCCCCGGGGCUCUCUGGCGUUCUGGGGGCCGGGAUAUUUCUCGUCACGAAGAAGUUCGUCUUGACGAAGACAAAUGCGGUGCGGAAUGCGUUCUAUACUAUCCCGUUUUACACGUUCCUGACGUUUGCCGCGUUGACGAUGCUCAUGACUUGGAAAGGCGUCCAAACCCGUGUAGAACUCAACGCUGCCCAGAUCCUCAUCGCCGUCUUUUCCAUCGCAACCGGUGCCACACUCCUCCAAGCCUUCUUCAUCCUCCCCUACCUCUGGCGCAAGAUCGUCAACGAGGACUGGGAGCUCCACUGGACCAUGAUUUGGAAAGGGCCUUGGCUCCUCAACCGCCCGCCUCGACCCCCACCCCCGCCGGGUGUGAACAAGAUCAACAUCAAAGACUACUAUCGUGGCCACUUGACCGCCGACGAACUAGCCUACGUCCGCGCCUCCGAAUCCCUCUUGGAAUCGAUACAAACAAGCAACACCCCUAACGACCUCUUCAAAGACGACCACAACCCCGUCGUCCUCCCUUCCCCGGCGCUAGCUCUGCCGCGAACCCCGGCCUCCGAGUCCCGCCGCUCUUCCUCGGAGAUCAUACCUCCGCGCCCGCCCGGGCCCUGGAACAGUUUUCAUGUCAUUCGCUGGCGGAUCAACCGCGUUGUCCUCCGCGGGUUGGAGAAGGACGUCGUUGAGCUGCAGAAGCGCAACGCCGUGCUGAGCUGGGAUAUCGAGGACAUGCACUCCCGCGCGCCGCAUUACGAUAACCGCGCGGAAUACAUGUACAGCGCGCUCCAGAUCCUCACGGCCUCGGCCGCCAGCUUCAUCCACGGCGCCAACGAUGUGGCGAAUAGCAUCGGACCGUUUGCGACGGCGUAUGAUAUCUGGCGGACGGGGAGGGUGGAGACGGCCGUCGGGGUGCCGAUAUGGAUCUUGUGUUUCGGCGGCGGUGCUAUUGUGCUUGGGUUGUUGACGUACGGGUAUCAUGUGAUGCGGAACCUGGGGAACAGGUUGACUUUGAUAUCACCCUCUCGUGGCUUCUCGAUGUGA